CGAUGUUGUGAAAUUAUUGCUGUGCUGCUGGUCGACUUGCCUGGACACCGUAAACGAAGCGUCGGUCUCACAAAGAGUUUAUUCGCGAUUUAGAUAAUGAAUAAAUACAAAAACGUACAAUACACUUUCUGGAUGAAAUGCACCCCCAGCGUUACACUACUGGGAGGUGGUGUCAUGUUGAGAUGUGUAGCUACUCCCAUCCAUGUAAACAACGCAACCCCAUUGAAACCAGUAGCAAUCUUACACGCUUGUAGGUGGACGAGGCGUCACUGGCUGGAGUCUCAUAUCAGCACCCUGUCCCGCUGGACAGCGCACUCUCACAGCAGCCUCCGUCUCGUUCUUCUCCCACGCGUUCUUCUAAGGUGGUGAAGACAUGAAGUUGUAUCUAACUGUGCUCGGCUUUGCCCUGGCGAUAGCCGCUGCUGUCGGUACAACAAAAGCAGAGGAGAAGGUGGAAGGAGCCGAUGAAAAGGAGACCGACGUUUCACACGAUAUCUCGGAGCACAGUGACGUGUUGAUCCUCAACAAACACAACUUCGCCAGAGCCCUGCGGGAGAACAAGUGGCUUCUUGUGGAGUUUUAUGCGCCAUGGUGUGCACACUGCAGGAGUUUGGAACCGGAGUAUGCCGCAGCUGCAGCGAUGCUCAAGAACGAAUCCUCUGAAAUCAAACUGGCCAAAGUGAACACCACGGCGGAAACGGAACUGGCUUCAGAAUUUAAAAUCCAAGGCAUUCCAGCUCUGAUAUUGUUCAAGCACGGUGACAGAAUGAACUUCACUACAUUCAAGGGUGCAGGAAGGAACACAGCUCGGGGCAUCGUGCAGUGGCUGAAGAAACAGAGCGGCCCCGGUGCCUCAGUGCUGGAUAGCAUUGCUAGCGCCGAGCAGUUCAUCAGCACGAAUCACAUCUCUGUUGUUGGGUUCUUCAAGGAUCUUGAAGGUAAAGGCGCACAAGAGUUUUUUGAAGUGCAGAGGGAGGACUCUGUGAUAGACCCUGCGUUUGGUGUCACAGAUAAUGCUGAGGUCUUCCAGAAGUAUGGGAUUUCCAAAGACACCGUGGUGAUGUUUAAAAAGUUUGAUGAGCAGCGUGCUGACCUGCAGGUUGCAGAGGGCAGCAGUGUGACUCGGGAGGAGCUGUCUGAGUUCAUUAAACGGAACGGACUCGAACUGGUCGUUGAGUUUAAUGUGGAGAAUUCACCAAAGAUUUUUGAAGCCGGAAUCGAACAUCACUUUCUGCUGUUUAUCAGUAAGUCCCAGGAGAGCCACGCCCAGUUACUGGAGAGCUUCAGAGGAGCCGCUCCAGGGUUCAGAGGAAAGGUAAUCUUUGUCCUGAUUGACGCCGACAAUGGAGACUUCCAGAAUGUUUUAAACUUUUUUGGCGUGAAGAGUGAGGACGCUCCCACAGUGCGUCUCAUUAACACGAAGACUGAGAAGAAAUACACCAUGCCGGACAGAGAGAUCACAACUGAAAAUGUCAGACAGUUCUGCCAGGAUGUGCUGGACGGAGCGCAGCAGCCUCACUUAAAGAGUCAAGAAAUCCCUGUCGAUUGGGACAAGAACCCUGUCAAGGUCCUCGUCGGGAAGAACUUUGAACAAGUGGCUUUCGAUGAAACCAGGAGCGUCCUGGUGGAGUUCUAUGCCCCCUGGUGUGGGCACUGCAAAGAGCUGGCUCCAAUCUGGGAGCAGCUGGCAGAGAAAUAUAAAGAUCAGGAGGGCAUCGUCAUUGCCAACAUGGACGCCACUGCCAACGAGGUGGAAGCAGUCACAGUCACCGGCUUCCCCACAAUCAAAUACUUUCCUGCGACUCCCGACAGAAAAAUUGUAGAUUUUAAAGGCAAAAGAGAUCUGGAGACUCUCUCCAGGUUUCUGGAUAAUGGUGGGGAACUGCCCGAGGAAUCACAUGAAGAGUCGCUGGACUCGAAAGAAUCUGAGGAAGAGACCAAUAUGGAAAAGGAUGAAUUAUAAUUUGUAUAAAAUCUUUUAUGAAUCCAUUAAAUAGUUAUUUUUUUUAUGGAGCAGGAGACUGGAGUUGAUGUUCACGUGCCCAGCUGUAUUGUUGUACCAAUCUCUAUGUUCUUUAGUACAGGUCUCUCCAGUUGUAAUCUGUCACCAGUAUCUCAAAUCCCUCACUCUUCUGGCAGAGUAAACGUCCUCUAAAGACAUUUCUGUGUACAUUGCUGAUAUCAAGACUAUAAAACCUUGUGUUUAAUCCAAUUAUAAAUGUGUUGUAAUUCUCCUACAAUGAAGUGAUUUGUACAAGUGCCUAUUUAUGUUUUACAAAAAAUAAAUAAAUGAAUAAAUAAAUGAAUAA